AUGUUUCACAGUCUAAGUAUUGAUGUUGAGCCUCACUCUGACUGUGCAUCGUGUUUUGAGCUGCAGGAGGAAUUAAAGGAAAAAGAAAACUGUAUCAAAUUACUUGAACAGCAAAUGUCUAGUGGCGAGAAUUGGAGGGUUGAGGCAAUUCAAGAUAAUGAUGAAAAGACGUUGUUUUAUACAGGAUUUCGCAGCUACAAUGAUUUCAACGGUUUUUUCAAGUCGUUAGAGUAUGCUGCCACUUCACUGAAAUAUUGGUCACAGAGACAUACAGCAUUUACAGAGAGUAAAUCAGCAAAACUUCGUUCUCUUUCACCUCUAAAUGAGUUUUUUCUGACAAUGGUUCGUCUUCGUUUGGGGCUAGAGAUGAAAGACCUUAGCUACAGGUUUGGCUUCUCUCUUUCUCAAGUUCAUAAUAUAUUUGUCACAUGGAUAAACUUUCUCUAUUGCCAUUUGAAUGACGUUGACUGGUGGUUGCCAAGGGACACUCUACGUCGAAGUUUACCACAGUCAUUUAGAGAGGCUUUUCCAAAAACCACCUGCAUCAUUGAUGCAACAGAGCUUUUUACAGAACGUCCUUCAGAUAGGGACAGGGAACUUACCAAGCAGUCUGGUUUUCUUAAUAAAUUGGUGCCUGGAGACCAAGUCAUGGCAGACAAAGGAUUUAUUACUGCCGACAUUCUCAUGGACGUUGGGGCAUCUCUUGUGCUACCUCCUUUUCUAAAAGGAGGAGGUCAGUUUGCCGAGGAGCAAGUCAUUAAAUGCCGGCAAGUGGCGUCUCUUAGAAUCGAUGUAGAAAGGGUGAUCAGACGGAUAAAGAACUAUAGAAUUUUACAAGGCAUAACACUUAGUUCAAAAUACAUCACACUACCACUUGCUGUUCAAUUUCAUUUUCAAUCAUUACAACAUUAA